ACCCCCCCCCCCCCCUCACCUGGCCGCCUGGGCUGUGCUUCUGCUUCCCGUUCCCCCCGCCGCUGCCUCGGUCCGGCCUGGGCUCCAGGAGGCACCGCCGGGGGGGGGCCGGCGGUGGGGAGGGUGGGUGUGCCGGGCCCCCUCCCUGGGAGCCCGCGGUUCCCAGGCGACGCGGCGGCUUCGGGCUCUGCUGCCCACUCCAGGCCCCGCAGGGAGCGCGUCUGUGGAAACCCGCUGGGUCUCGGGGUCGGGGUGGGAGGGGGGGGUCUCUGGGACGGCUCCCUCGACCCGGACCGUUACUGCUUACCGCGCUGAGGCAAGGAUUGUGGAUGGGUGGGUGCUCCCCGGAGGUUUGGAGCCCCGGCUCCUGGUGUCGCUUGGGUGGUGACAGGCUGUGUGGCUUUGGGGAAACGCUGACCCUCUCUGAGCUUUGAUAGUCAUACCGUGAGGCUCGUUGUGCCACUGGCUUCGGGCGCUUCUGGGGAUGGUCAUCCAGUUGUCCGUGUUAGUCCUGCUCAGGGGCUGCUGGCUGGACAAGUCGGGUCGGAGGCGGUCUGUAGCGGGGCCGCGGGGACUCCUGAGCAGGCCUCUCCCCCAGCCUGUGGACUUGCUGCUCGGAGGUGGGGCUGACCUCUGGGCAGACAAAAGCAGGGACCCGAGUGUCUCUGCCUGCUGGGUGCCUUGCCCGAAAGAUCCAGGGCUUGGUGUCCAGGGCCCUCGGCGGGGGAACGCGGGUAUGGGAAGGAAGUGUGUCUGUUUUCACAGGCCCCCGGGCCUGCAGCUCGGCGGACGGGACGUCUGCCCUGACCGGGACGGGCUGGGGGUCUCCUGGGUUCGGAAUCUCGCCUCCUUCCGGUCGCUGGGCGGAGGAGGAAGCGUGAGGGGAUGAGCUUAGGAUUGACAGGGUGGGCGCUUGCCCGGGAAGAGCAGCCGCUGGGGCCUGGUUUCGCGUCCGCCCGCUGUGGGCCGCUCCGUCCACCUGGGCCCGGCGUGGCCGCUGGUGUCGGCACGUCCCUGCUGUUCCUGCCACGCAGCUGGAGAGCAGAUGUCUGCCGACGGCAGCCGGCUCCCUGCAUGGUGGCCUGGGAGGCGCGCGCACAGCGGGGACCAGGUGGGUUGAGACUUGCUGGUCCCCACAAGGGUCACGGGAGCAUGCAUGCUGGUUCCGCUGGGGCUGGCUCGUCCUUGGUGACACCUCCCAUCUGCAGAGGUCGUGGCCACGGAGCGGCACAUUUCCUCCUCGUGGAGGCUGCAGGGGAGAGGUCUGCAGACGGGGGCUCACAGGAGGGCCAUGGGCACAAGGCAGGAGCCUGCCUCGAUGGCCCUUGUCCCCUUUCCGCUGCCCCAGACUGGCCCCAGCGUCUGGCUGGAGCACGGGCCAGCGGGCAGUCAACCCGUAAGAGCCUCCCGGGGCCCGCUGGCCGGGAACAAAGUGUGCUGCUGGAGAGGCCGGGCCCGGUGACAGGGCGCCGCUCCCCACCGCACAUUCGCCGCCCUGGGAAGAGUGACUGCGGCGAAGGGCCGGGUGAGGGACGACGGGGAGCAGCCACGCUGGCCACGGUGCACGCUGUCGUGGGAGCUUGGCCUCUGCCGCCGGCUGACCGGAGCCACCCGCGUCGCUCAGAUGUGAGGGCUCGGGUUUGGGAGGCUCCGCAUCCGUGGACCGUGGAGUGGUGUUUGAACCCCGGGAUGCCCCGCGCUCGGGUCCCACUGCGUGGGCGCCGGGCCCUCAUCGCGCUGUAUCCUGAGCACGGCAGGCUUCCUGGUGGCCGUGAGCAAAGCCCUGGCAGGGAGCUCGGUUUUCGGUUCUUUACCUGAUCCCCCCAGUCAGGCCACGGUUUGACAAACGAGGAGGUGCUGUCACUCGUGAGCGUCCCUGGGCCACGCCCCGGGUCUCACUGAGUCACCCCAGCCGUGACCUCUCCAUCGGCAGAAGCGGCUCACAGGCCAGAGUUGCCCAUCGUGCAGAUGGCAAAGCUGAGGCUCAGGGAGGUCAAGUCAGGAGCCCCGGGCACACAGCUGGCGAGGACGCGCCCUGUGCCCCAUGCUGCUGCGGCUGCUGCGUAGGCCUGUCUAGGUGGGCUUGGAGAGCCGGAGUGAGGGCUGCAAGCUGGGGGGGGAAGCUCCCUCGCUCCUAGACCCACCUCAUACGUGCAGGGGGCACUCGGCAGUCUGUGCCUGAGGCGGGGGCCGCGGGUCGUGUGGACUGUCGGCUUCCAGAAGCCUGGGUGCAGUGGGGGCGCAAGGGGAGAGCCAGCUGGCCCUACCUUUCCUUCUGGAACCAGAGAGCCGCUGGGGGCUUGGUGGUCGGGGAAGGGUCAGGACGCUUCUUAGAUUUCUAAGUCGUAACUCGUUCGGUGUCGUAAGAGUCCUCUCCCCUGGUUUUUAGUGCAUUCGGAGUCGUGCAGCCUUGGGUGCUAAUCCCGGGCCACACCACUGCCCCUAAAGCAGCACUUAACCCGGCAGCGGGCCCUGCCCCCUCCCCUGGCCGGGGUGGGGGGUGCACAGCGCCAGCAACCGGCUUCCCGCGCUCCCCCUGAUGUGCCAGGGCCGUCCCCGUGCGGCGUGCCAGGAUCUCGUUCCUUUUCACGGCUGAACGACCUUGCGGCUGGCUGGCACCAUCCACCUGUCACUGGGCGUGCGAGGCCGUCCCCCCUUCAUCGAGGCGGUGGCGUGUGUUAGUGUGGGCCGUGUACUGGCCGGUCGCCCGUUGUGUUCUCGGCCUGCUCUGGCCUCUGUUCUCUGUUGGUGUGGCUGUGGGCAAGGGUGGGCUGGGCUGGUCCCUCGUCCAGAGCAGCAGAGGGGGAUUUGGAAGCCGCGGACUGGGGUCCGUGGACAUCACGGCCUCCAGCCCCUCUCCCCGGGGCUCCUGUCUCUGCAGGUACCCGCCCACCCCGUGCCCAGGAACGUGUGGUUCCAGCGCCCCCACCCCAGCCGCCAGGCCCACGGUGCCAGCCACACGCAGCCUGGCGCGUCUCCCGCUCCCCUUUGGCCCUCUCUCGCCCCUUCGUUUCUUGGGCUAAUGUCUUUUCUCACGUCGUGUCCCAAGGGUGCAGCUCAAACGUUCAAUUCAGAGGAAGUAUUCCGAGUGCUGUGCGGCUGGCUAUACCCCGAGAGGGGACAGAAGAGAGAAAUCAGCCCCUCGGAGGGGCGUUUCAUCUGUCCCGGGGCUCACGAUGCCGCCUUUCCUGUAGCCAGGCCGCCC